GUGGCUUAACACAGUGACCGAUGUAUCGCGUCAAUCCCAGCUCUAUGCAUCGUACGGUCAGCCUGCAACAUUAUCUAGCGAAUGGGACGGGUGAUUGACUAACUAUACUUGAUCAGAUAAGAUUUGAAUGGUCACUUGGGGUUAUUGCUAUCGGAAAUGAAAACACACUGACAUGGCUGAUCAUUCUCAGCCUGAUGCUGACAUGGCAACAGCAAGAAAAGGUUCCACAUCUAAGGGCGGUGGGGUGCAUUUCCAUGAUGAAGAGGAGGCCAACACCUCACCAGAGUGCUCAGAUGAGACCCAGCCUGGCCAGGUGAUCAGUGCCAUCCUGGAACCUGAUGGGGCUUACCUGGUGAAGGUGGGAUUCUUAAGAAGCCUGCACCGCUAUGAGAUAGUCUUCAACCUCCCACAAGUCCCAUCAAUGAGCAAAGAUGCCACCCUGUCUCCUGCCCUCAGGACCUCAGCCAAGCCGCGCCUCCGUGCCACCCGCAUCACCCCUCGCCAAGAAGGUGGGGUAAAAGUAGUAUGUGAGUACACCACCCAGCAGGAGGGGGUGCUGCAGGAGGAGUUGCUGCUGGUCAACCGCAGCAGAAGGGAUGGUAGCGUGCGGGUCAAACUUCAGGCCAGAGUCAUGGACCGCCACCAUGGAACUCCAAUGUUGAUGGAGGGGGUUCGAUGCAUAGGACCAGAGAAGGAGGCCAUCCCCAAACAGACGGACCGAAAGAAGGUUUGAUGCCUAAAGCCCAUCAACCAGCAAUACUAGAAGAGUCACAUCUACACAGACUGAACCUGUACUAGUCAAAUAUACACAUCAGCUAUUUGAACAACAAUAUCAUAUCUCUAGUUGAGGACUUACACUAACAGUACUGGGGCUUAACAGGUAUCUACUGGUCAGUGGUUUCAUCCACAAUGACCAGUAGUUUCCAGUAACCUCAAGAAUUAUAGUGAAUGCUUGCUUUCGUCUCCUCUGCAGUUCUUUACCAGUGUAUGUUGACCCUCUGACUUCUCUCCAUUGAACAUUAUGCCAGAGGAACACAAUGUUUUCCAGUCCCACGCUUCCCGGGGUAUAUGAAUCAAAAACACAUUCUUCCUUCUUCAAAAACAACCCUAAUCUAUUACUCAAGAUACAAAAUGUAUAUCAGUAUAUUGUCAUGACUGUCAGCCGCUACCAC